UAAUCCCAAACCUCAAAGAGAGAUCCAAAGAGAGUCACGACAAAUAUAGAGGAGAGAGAGAGUCCAAUGGAGUCUUAGAAACCAUAACUCACUCAAUCUAAGAAGCUUCGGAAAAUGGAUAUGUCGGCGGAGAGUUCAUCGAAACCAGAAGAUUCCAGAAAGCCAUCUUCUUCUUCGAUCAAUGUCACUGGAUCUCUACACAACAGCUUCAUCACCAGAUCUGAUCAUCAUCCGACAACCUUCGUCCAAGCCGACACUUCCUCCUUCAAACACGUCGUCCAGAUGCUUACCGGCUCCUCCUCCCCCAGAUCCCCAGAUUCAUCCUCCGGGAAGGGCAAUUUCGUAAUUCCUCCCGUCAAGACGGCGCCGCCGAAGAAACAGGCAGGGUUCAAGCUUUACGAGAGGAGGCACAACCUCAAGAACAGCUUCAUGAUCAACACCCUCAUGAUCGGCGGACUGUCGCCGAGGAAUCCGGAUGUUUUGUCGCCUAGCUGUCUGGAUUUCCCGAGGCUGGGUCUGAACAGCCCGGUGACGCCGGUGAAGAACGAUGGAUUACGCCAGACAGGAGACCCGCUGGAUAAGAUGCCGCCAUUGUCGGAGGAAGAGAGGGCGAUUGCGGAGAAGGGCUUUUAUCUGCACCCAUCGCAGAUUCCUACGCCGCGGGAUUCAGAGUCGCAGCUCCUCCCGCUUUUUCCGGUGACUUCUUCCACUGUCUCACCGGAGGAAUCUAAUUGAAGAGAGAGAGGGCGAUCUGUUUAUAAUUUACAUUCACUGUAAUUUCUUUUUUAAACUUUUUAAGUCCCGCAUCUUUAUACUAUUUUCGAAAACAUGCCCAUAAAACCAAUUUCUCAAUUUUGGGCCCAAAAAGCUUGUUCUUUCGAGGGCAACGUGAGAGAAUUGUAGAGUAAAAUAGUUUCCACAACUAAACAAAAAGAGCACAACGAUCACGUCCGUUGGUUACCAA